AUGGCGGCGGAGCGCGAGGAGAGCGUCUACAUGGCCAAGCUGGCCGAGCAGGCCGAGAGGUACGAGGAGAUGGUCGAGUUCAUGGAGAAGGUCUCUGCGUCGCUGCCGGACAAGGAGGAGCUCACGGUGGAGGAGCGCAACCUGCUGUCCGUCGCCUACAAGAAUGUCAUCGGCGCCCGCCGGGCCUCAUGGCGGAUCAUCUCCUCCAUCGAGCAGAAGGAGGAGUCGAGGGGGAACGACGACCACGUCACCACAAUCAAGAGUUACAGAUCGAAGAUCGAGUCGGAGCUCUCCAACAUCUGUGACGGUAUCCUGAAGCUGCUUGACGACAGGCUCAUCCCCUCCGCCACAGCCGGAGAUUCCAAGGUGUUCUAUCUCAAGAUGAAGGGCGACUAUCACAGGUACCUAGCGGAGUUCAAGACUGGUGCCGAGAGGAAGGAAGCUGCUGAGAGCACUCUCACUGCCUACAAGGCUGCUCAGGACAUUGCUAAUGUGGAUCUAGCCCCAACUCACCCAAUUCGUCUUGGACUGGCCCUGAAUUUCUCAGUAUUCUACUAUGAAAUUUUGAACUCACCGGACCGUGCUUGCAAUCUUGCAAAACAGGCUUUUGAUGAAGCAAUUGCAGAGUUGGAUACCCUGGGUGAGGAGUCCUACAAAGACAGCACCUUGAUUAUGCAACUUCUCCGUGACAAUCUUACCCUAUGGACCUCUGACAUGCAGGAUGAAGGAGCCGAUGAUAUCAAAGAGGCUCCCAAAACUGAAGAAGGGCAACAGUGA